AUGCUUGGCCAACACGUUCAUGUCGAAAUGGCCUGGCUCUGUGACUACGUGCAUGCCUUCCGUGUGAAACUGAUGGAGUUCUUGCAGUGUGAGAAAGAGGUGCAACUUGAUGAUAGCGAGAAGGCGGCGAGGAUGGGCGCUGAAAUGCUCAGCUACGAGCUGGACGAUCGAUUGCGAAAGCACAACACGAGGAAGGGUUUAGUCCGAUCCGAGUGGUACGAGCCUCGGUUGAAACAAAUCAUGUCACAUAAGAGUAAAUUCGAGCGACAUGCGGUGGCCAUAGCGAAGAAAUCCGCUGCUCAAGAUGGUCGUUUCGAUGCUUUGAUGGAUACUUUGAUUGAGGGAGACAAAAGACUUCGUGCUACCAUCGACGAGCUCCUCCAUCGUGUGUCUCAACUCAAGCCCAGUGCAGAAUCGAAUUCCAGGAAUCCAGAGGAUAUAAUGAGUGAACUUAAAGGCCUAAGUAGACGUGCCAGAGACACCGGUGAUGAAUUCAAGCGAGUCUACCGCGAAGUUUCCAAGGAAAUGGCAGCUCUGAGUGGUCCGUUGGUUGAGCAAUUGAUCGCCGCCAAUAGCGAUGUGACAAGGAUACAGAAAGAGCAGAAGCACGAGGGCUACAGCGGGGCUGAGAUAGAGUUUUAUUCAGCGGAAAUAGCAAAGCUUGACGAGGGGUUGAAGGCCAAGGCCGCUGACAGACUAGUGCAAGUAGAGGAGCUUGAGGCGGCCAUGACCAACAUGGUCGAGCGAGUGUUGGAAGAGUUCGAGAAACAACGGAACGAGGUUUAUGAAGAGGUUUGCAUCGCGUAUGGGCUCGGCAAGGAACAUGUCGUCGCUAGAAGACAACUACGUGAAAAGGUGCACGAGCUCUCUGAACUUGUAACUGAACCCCUAUCGAAGAUCGUGGAGCUCGAGGAGUAUUUGAGCAGAAUAAUCACUGGAGCAAACUCUGAUGAGGUAUGCACUCCGAAGGAUCAAUACAUAACAUGA